UCGACGCUUCCAGAGUGGCACAGAAACGGGGACGUACAGAAUGCCGUCUCCAUGUCUUUAUCAUGGACAUUUAUGACUCGAUCGACUGCAUUUUGGGCUUCUUAAUGAAAACUGUGUCCAGUCUCCUUUGCGCUGGCUUCUCCCACCGCACAUCUGUAACCGCUGGCAUCCUGUUUUCAGCUCCUGGACAGCUCCUCGUCGAGCAGCUCUUAUUAUUAUUAUUAUUAUCAUCAUCAUCAUCAUCAUCAUCAGGCACAUGGAGUCCCUGGUGUGAUUGUGGGGGAAGCCCUGCGAGCACAUUAUGCAUCUACUGAUCCGGUGAAAGCCUCGUCGUCUCCGCUAAAGGAUGGUGCUUCCAACCCAGAGGAGGUGUUCUCUAUCCUCUGAGAAGAAGCGAUACGUGUGCGCAGUCGACGCAGAUUUAAGCCUAAUCGCUGCCUACACACAGGAAGAUCCGAGCUUCAGUCACACCGAUCACCACCAUCAUCAUCAUCAUCAUCAUCAUCAUCAUCAUUACAAUAAUAAUAAUAAUCGGCUAAGGAAGUGAUAUCACCAUCACUGCUGUGUGGUCAAUGGAGAAGGGACCAUGUAGAAUAUACUCAAGAGAUAUGGUCCUGACCACAUCUCUGCAGUAGUGGAUUUAGCUCCUGGCUUCAUUUAAAGAAGACAUAUUAGCAGCAACAAGACAUGAGCAAUACCCAAGCUCCUCCCCAGGGUGGAGCCUCAGAUCUGGAGGUCAUCUCCCAACAGGUGGAGGACGACAACCAGUGCGUGGCUCCAGUCCAGCUAGUCAAUUUCACCUACAGAGACUUGCCUUUGGCGGCCCUGGACAUAUCUCUGGCUGGAUCCCAGCUCAUCUCCAACCCUGAUGAAGAGGACAACAGGGAUGGGUCCAACUGGCUGAAGCCUUGCUGUGGACGCCGGGCGGCACUGUGGCAGGUCUGCCUGCUGUCAGCAGGUUUCAACUGUUUCCUGGUGGCCUGUGUCAUCCUGGUGGUGCUGCUGCUGACAGUGGAGUUGCUCAUAGACAUCAAGCUAUUGCAGUUUAAUAAUGCAUCCCAAUUUGCCAGCAUCAUCCACUGGAUCAGCCUGGCUAUCCUCUCUGUGUUCUUCACUGAGACGGUGUUCAGGAUUGUGGUGCUGGGGAUAUGGGAUUACAUUGAGAACAAAGUAGAGGUGUUUGAUGGAGCUGUCAUCGUUCUCUCUUUGGCCCCCAUGGUGGCCUCCACAGUGGCCAACGGCCCCAGCAGCCCCUGGGACGCCAUCGGCCUCAUUAUCUCACUGCGCAUCUGGAGGGUUAAGAGAAUCAUUGACGCAUAUGUUCUGCAAGUGAAGGUGGAAAUGGAGCUGGAGAUCCAGCAGUACGAGAAGGCUAAAGCAGUGCGGGAGGAGCAGCUUGAUCGUCUAACCCAGAUCUGCCAAGAACAAGCUUUUGAAAUCAGACAGCUGAGGGCCCACCUCGCCCAGCAGGAUCUGGACCUGGUAGCAGAGCGUGAAGCCGCCAUGCAGAUCCACCAUAUGUGGGGGAAAGAGAGCAGCAGCUUCCAGGAGGUGGACGGGUUAGCAGCGGGGGCCUCUGACCAUCACAGACCAGCCAAAGUUAGGGCGCCUCGGGGGGCUGCAGAUCAUCAUGGUCAGGAUGACAUGAAUAACUACAUCAGCCAGUACUACAGCGAGCCAAGCAGCGAUAUGGGUAUCCCAGACCCAGCCCGUGUCAUCACCACAGCAGCGAUAGAUGUCCAUCUGCCCAACAACCCCAGCCAGCUUCCCUCUACCUUAGUGAGCGCCGACGCGGCGCCGUCCGGCCGACUGCAGCGCACCAGCAGCUCUGUGAGCGAGGCGUCCACCACCGCCGUGUCCCGCAGCAGCUUCAGCGCCCGUCAGCACAGCAUCAGCAGCCACACGCUGGGCUCCAGCAUGGACUGCAGCUCCACGGUGCGCGAGGCCUCCACCUCCACGGACUACAGCGACCAGCGCUGCUACCCGCCACCGUACAGCAGCCCGCUGGCCCUGGGCCCCCAGCCACGAGGGAGUCCCAGCGCCGUGGUGCAGGAGCUGCUCUACUCGCUUUCUGAGGACUCCUGUCUCACUCAGAAGGGCUUGGACCCCGUUAAUCUAAAACCGCCCAGUCCGACUGGUUCCACCAAAACCAGCCCAGAGCUGGAGCGCAGACUGAACAUUUAUAACAAGAGGAACCAAGAGAGCCGGAUCGGGCUUCACGGCAAGCCUGUGAUCCACGUGCAGGGUAACGAGCCUCUGCUUGAGGAGAAAUACAGGAUGAUGGGAUCGGUGGAGACUUCAGUCAACCGUCUGUCAGAAGCGUAGGACUUCACAGACCAACUAUCGAGGCUUACUCGUCAGAUCAAAUGCAAAAAAAAAAAAAAAAACUCAACUACCCUUGACAAGUCACUGGCACAUGAACUCUGCCUUUAAUCCUCUUUAUAUUGCUGGGACUUAAGAGGAUGAACUCACCACAAGGGGCACAGAUAAAAUAUAGACAGAUUAUUCAUCAGGCUACACUUUUCAGGAAUUGACAAUUUCUUACUUUUCCUAACACAAACCAGCAGCGCGAACAAGGUCUGGAAUCCCCCCGCCCCCAAAAAGAAAAAAAACCUGCUUGUGCAGACAAGUUUGCUUUUCAUGUUCUUUUUCUUUUUUUUAGAAAAUGAAGAGGGGAAGACGAUGGUGCUGAGGGCUUAACGUUAUUAUUAUUACACUUUAGAGCUCUCCAAAUAAUCUUGUCUCGUUACAUCAUCUGGAAACAGGCAGCAGUGUCUAAGUCAGCAUCUCCAAAUUCAUUAACAGUCCUUCUCGAUGGACUCCUGCAGGGCAAAAUAUUAUCAUCUCAACUUCUAUUCUUUAACUUUCUACAUUUUUAUCUACAGUCAGAGUUAAAGGAAUUUUAUCUUUGGACUUUUAAAAUGUCAGAUGAUUUGUAAUUACUCCAGGUGCCAUGACUGGAAUGCUGUCCAGCCCCAGUUUAAUAAGAUUAUUCAAGAUUUUGCCAAUCCACAUUAAGGUAUUUAAAACUCUCCAGGUUUCAUGUAAGCUUAAAUAAAUGUGUUUUUUUUUUCUUUGUUUUACAUAAUUUUGUGUAAAUAUUCACAAAUGGGAAUGACUGUCUCACAAAAGAGCAAGAAAUGUGAGAGUUUAAAUAAAGUGCAAAAAAAAAAAAUGAUAGCAUGAACCUUUAA